AUGACUUCAAGGAAGAACAAUAUUGUUGAUGACUCUUUACCACCAGAAGUUGUAAAGAACAUGAUGAAGCAUUGUCCUGAAUUUGGCGAUCUUAAUUAUGAGGAACUCCUUCAACAUCAGGAAAGUGUGUUCCAAUCACUAAAAGGAAUUGAAAUUGAAAGGGGAAGUACAAGUGAAACUAAGAGCAUGUCACAUGAUGAAGAACAUGGAAAUUUUAAUUGGGAAAAGGAUGAAUCUUCUAAGCGGUUAAGUAUCGAUUCACAGCUAGCUCUCGAUGAAGCUUUAGCUAGAUCGUUACAAGAUAUGGAGGAUGGCUUUGCGAAUUUAACCGCAGUUCAUGAACCGCCUUCACAACAUAACAAUUUUCAUCCAGAAGUUCACAACCAUCCUGCUGUGGAACAAGAAGAAGAUGUUGCGAAUCAAGAUAACAUAAGUAUUCGUGAGGAAGUGCAGUCACCUGUUGUUGGCACAGAGAACAUAUCUAAACUACAAACUAUCAUUGACAAGUUUAAUCCCAGUUGGAUCUUCAAGAAAUUAAUGAAGAAAAGCUGA